AGUCUGUCAGUCAAAUCGAGUUAUUUACGACGACAGUCAAGUUUACGUGUUGUGUACUUUAGCACAGUGAUUUAUGACGAAUAAAUAUAAUUUGUUUAUUAAAUUCCCCAUUACAUAUAUUUGAAUGGCGUUAUUGUAAUAAUCCCAAUAUUAUAAGUGUAUUUUGCAUUUACACGUGCCGGUUACGUCGUAGUAAUCUCGGAUAGUGUGAAAGUAUGAGUGAACCAAGACAAUUUGAAGUAAACUCUGACCCUUGUUUAUCUAAUGCUGCCGUUACGGGUGGCAUAGAUACGCCCGCGUUUAGAAACCCUAUUCCUUCAACCUCCACAGGCAUGACCGGAUUGGGGCCUCCCUCUUUGCCUCCCAGACCAGACCUUAGCAUGCAAAGCUAUGGGAUGAAUCAAGGAUACUCAUCCUAUGGUAUGGGAGGUAUGGGAUCAUACGGCAUGGGGGGAACGUAUGGUAUGGGAGGAUAUGGAGGUAUGGGAUAUGGAAUGGGAAUGGGAGGGUAUGGAAUGGGCAUGGGAGGGAUGGGAAUGGGAUAUGGAGGAUACAAUAGAUUUGGAGGACCAAUGUACGGAGGAGAUAUUGAAAGCAGAUUUAUACAAAUGGCAGAGGAGAGUUCGCGGCCAGCAUUUGAUUCCAUCCAAAGUCUAGUAGGAGCAGUGGGCAGUGUUGCCAUGAUGCUCGAGAAUACAUUCUUUGCUCUCACCAGUUCUUUCAGAGCUAUUCUUGGAGUAGCGGAGAACUUUGGUAGACUAAGGUCCCUUUUCGCGCAGUUCUGGUCGACCUUCGCAGUAGUUCGGAGUCUCAACUGGCUCGUCAGGAAACUUAUGGUGUUACUUGGCAUCAGGACCGAGAGUGAAUUUAAGGCGUGGGCCGAAGCGGUAGCGGCGACGCAGGCCGGCGCGGCUACUCCCGAGCAGCGCGCGAAGGGCUCCAGCUGGCCCAUCCUGCUUUUCUUCGGAGUCAUCGCCGCGGCCCCCUACAUCGUACUCAAGAUGCUCAGCGGGCUGACCAGCUGUAUUCAUGAGAAAUUGCAUGAUCCGACCACCUGGCAGAACCCUCUCCGCGCAGUCGCCCAGCACGACUUCCAAGCCUCAUCUCCCCAGGAGAUCAGCUUCACCACCUCGCAGGUCCUCACCGUGGCCCCUCAGCACCUGCAAGGCCAGCUCUGGAACUCCGGAUGGCUGAUGGCUUCAACGGACAGACAACAUGCAGGACUAGUACCUGUCAACUACAUCAAAGUCAUCAAACCAGUGGACGGUGCAAACCCAACUGCCAACCAAACGGUUCCAAAUGAAAAGAGUGAGAAGACGGAAGUGACAGGAGCAAGUAUACCGGAUUUGGAUAAGUUCUACAAGCAAGAGCUGUAAGGGAUUUUCUUUUUGUAGCUUAGAUCGUCACACAUUCUUCUUCUUCUUACGGUGUUUGUGUCACACGACUAUAUACCAAAUGAGAUGGUCGGAGAUACAUCCAUCGCAAAAUGACCUAAGUACCCACACCUCACCGAGCUUUCUAUUAGACCAACAUGAUAGGUGGUUAGCCUUGUCGCCGUCAAUAAUGGUAACUAAAAAAUAUGUUUGUUAAUAAUUAUCGAAAGCAAGCCAGUUUCAGAACAAGAUAAUAGAUGGCAUUAUGUUUUUAAUAGACUCGAAAAAACCUUGUAAGUUACAACUAAAUCCAGUUAAUUACGGUCGUAAUCGAACGUAAUAUAACAUAAACAGCCUAUAUACGUUCCACUGCUGGGCACAGGCCUUUCCUUAAUCAACCGGAGGGGGUAUGGAGCAUACUCCACCAAGCUGUUCCGCUACGGGUUGGUGGAGAGAAAUCGACAUCAAACUUAAAACAUAGAAAUGCUUUUAGAAAUAGACCUGUUAAUCUGGUCAAAGGUGAUUUUCCACAAAAUUGAAAAUGACCUCAAGAGCAUCACAAUUUUUUAAAUAGCUUGAAAAUGUAUAUCAAUGCAAAGGUAUGUUUAUAGUGUGUGCACGGUAAAUAUUAUGUUGUGUAUAGGUAGCUAAAAUAUUUUUAAUUCACAAAGGACAUAAGGUUCGUAUUUAUAGUCCGUUCAAAAAUGAUCUUCAUAAAAGGUAAACAAACCUGUUACUACAAAAAAUGUUCGAAUUUCACCUAAACUACGCAAAGUAUUCUUCUAAUAACAUCCGUAGCACUCAAUAGAUGUAUGAUUUCUUAGCUCAAUGUGAAAUUAACGUAAAAUAAUUAUUAAAAACACAUUUUUUCAUGUAAAAACAAAAAUCAAACAAAACCUCACGCAAAAAAGUUGACAUCAUAAAUUCUUGUUAAUCUGUGGCUAGCUGUCAAUUUGACGAUUAGUGAUGAGACAUUUCAUUCAGGUCAGGAAAACGAGUCAGUUCCGUGAAUAACUUAAGUGAGUGUACUGUACUUAAUAAGCCGAAAUGCGCAGAAAAAAAUACUUUCAAAGUGAGUUAGUGUAACCACAAAGAAACAUACAAUAUAUAUUUUAAUAUUAUCAUACAAAAUAUUCAAACAACCCAAGAGAGUCAGUACACUUUGAUAAAAUAACUUGAGCUAAAAUCAAUUCAGCACUUCACUAGUUUGCAGUUUGACACAGAUAAAAAAUAUCGGCAGCCAUAUUUGUUUACCUUUUAUGAAGAUCAUUCUUGAACGGACUAUAGGUCAGAUAUAUAGUAACAGAGGGGUUAAAAUGGCCACUUCGAAGCAAUGCAUCUAAAAAAGCAAUAUUGCAAUUUGACAUUUGCGCAUAUAAAAGUAAGUGCGCAAUGCAAACAAAUGUCAAAUAGCAAUAUAGCUUUCUUGGAUGAAUUGCUUCGAUGUGAACCGCCCUGGUCACAAAAAAAAAAUGUAAACACUGGCCAGCGGGAUUUAUAAAGGGAUCCGUUAGCUACUUAUGAGUACUUAUGAUAUAAUAUAGCAUCACGCCUCUAUCCCAGAAGGGGUACGCAGAGGCGUAUAGUAUUACACCCACUCCUCGUCAUGUUUAGGUAUCAUGUGAUUGGGGCGAGCCUAUUGCCUUUAACCAGGCACAAAUCCUGGAAAUAAGCUCUAGAGCCCGCGCCAGGAUUCGAACCCGUAACAUUACGAUGUAAGCCACGCGUUCUCAGAACAGGGCUAUCAUGGAUUUAUGUAAAAAUAUAUGAUUAUUUGUGAUUGUUGACGUCAUUAACUUUAGCACAUGCAAUAGAUAAUUAUUCAUUAUUGCAACCCUGCAUAAUAGGUUCAUAGUCAUACAUAUUAUUUGAUCAUGGUAUAACAAAACCAGGUAUGCUCAAUCCUAUGACAAGCCGCCAUUGCUAGCCCUUUGAUGACGUUACAGUGUUACCAUUGUGUUACCAUAAAAUUGGUAUCUCCAACAUUCCAAGGACGUAAAUUUUAUUAUUAAAAAUUAAGUGAAUUACUGACUUAAUGUAAUUAAUUACUAUUACUUCUCACAUAUAUAAAAAUCGUUAAAACUGUAAGUAAGUAAAUCUUUUAGUAAAAGUUCAAAAUAUUUUUUUUAUGAAAUGGUAACGCAGGGUGGGAUGACGUCAGCUGGGCUAACCUUGAAAUGUUAGCUGUCACUUGAGCAUACCAGCAGGGUCUGCAUGACAUCCGCGCGGCGCGGCGCGUAUUAUAUUGAACGCUUCGACCAAUAGCCGUUUGACGUCCAUCUACGUAGAUAGCAUUCGUAUCGUUUAUUGGUCCAAGCGCUCGAUAUAAUUCGCGCCGCGCUCAGCGCGUUUGCCGUGCAGACCCGACUGGUUAUCUUAUACCACGGUAUUUGAUAAUGGGGUCAUAUUAAUUGUAAUAAUUUCUUUGUAAAUUGAGAUUAGCGUAGUUUUACAAUUUUACUCUUUAUGGACUGUCUCGCAUUUUAUUUUUGUAAUAAUUCAAAAUUGUUUUAUUUUUUUGCCGUAAUGCAAAGGCUCUCUUGGUGCAAUGGAUGAUAUUCUAUUGAGUAAUUGUUAUUUGUACAUUUCUUGUAUUUAGUGUAGUUUAGGACAUAAUAAUCAAUUAUAUGGGAUGGACUGAUUUGUUACCAAUAAAGUAUCUUGAUAAUUA